GAACUUUAUACGGAAUUAUACUGAAACGCGGUAACAAUUCCGAUACACCCUUCGCAAAUCAAGUGAACGUAAAUGCGCGCCAAAAACCAUGUGUUAAACACGAAUCAUUCGAGUUGAGGUUUUGGUUACAGGUGUUACUGCAAUGCAGCUAGGUGCUAUGUUUAAUUGUAAUGGCAAAGUGAAUCCAAGUGACUGGCAACUGAGCGAAUUGGGUUGUUUAUUCUUGAAGACAGAGAUUGAGAAUGUACUAUUUUCCUCACAAGAAAGCCGUAGCUUUUCAGGAAACAUUGAGCUCUUUGACUGCGUCACACCCCGGUCAACAGCAGCUCUAAAUCUGAAACACCUAACUUCUUGCACGGAAAUGAAAAUGAAGCUGCUUAAUCGUAAAACUCUUCCUGGCUCAAGAGCGGCACAACCAGAUUUUUAUUUUGCAAGGAGGAGCAUCUGUGAAUUCCUAGUCUAUAUCCGCUCAUAUUUAUACAGCAUCAAAUGGGACCCAAUUUUAAUAAGGAAUACCAAUGAUUACAUCAGAAAAGAUUUUGAAGAAUUGUUGUUGGUAUUGAAGAAUUUUUUUAUUGGAUUAAAAAGCUUACCUGACGCAAUGUUUCAUUAUGCUGCAUCAAAUCUUGGGAAUAAGUGCAAUCAACAAGAAUUCCACUUGUAUCAUGCACACUUGGAGCUAAGGUGGCUUGGCGUAACUUUGCUGCAUGCAAUAGAGUGCCCUGAGAGUUACACGGUGCAAAAUGACUCGAUAAAAGAGAAUACUUGCUUCUACACACAUGAUACCAUCCUCUAUCAAACCACAGAUCUGGAUGUUGCGAUCGCAGCAGUUGUUGAUGAUCUUAUUUACAUUGCUGUACACCUAUUUGAACGGAUCCAAGUAGACGACCUUCAAGUCAAAACACCCUACAGCUGCACAUGCAUGCGAGAAUUAUGGGUGAUGCUCCAAAUAUUUGUUGAUAAUCUAGCAAUCAAUAGAAAGUCUAAGCCAUUCUGGAGCUUUAUCAACGAUAGUCUGGACACACAGUUUGCUGAAAAUGAUAUUCAGCUGUCUACACCAGAGAGAAGAACUUCAGGAAACAGUUCUUUGAAAUAUAAAAAUUCAGAAAUCUUUUGCCUAUGGCUGAUCUAUCAUUUGACUCUAUUGUACGGUUUUAAUCUGGAAGGCGACUAUGUAGGAGUAGCUUCUACCAGAAUCCAUUCGAAUCAUAAACGGAUAGAAAAAAUACUGAAAGUGUACGUAAGCAAAGGUGGCAAAGCCGGUGAGAGGACAGAUAUUGACAGAGAGCUACAAGGGAUGAUACCUCUCUUAACAAUCCUCAACUGCGAAUGGUGGCAACAGCAUGCCCAAAUUGUAUCUCUACUUUGGGAGUGUUUUCACAAGAGAUUAAAUACACCGUUCUUAUUACAGACAACUGGGCCAUGGUUGGUUUCUAUCGAAAAAAAAGGGCCGGCUGAUAUUCUAAAAGAAAUAAAACACAGAUUGGACGUUAACUUUUUGGAGCAAAAUAAAGUUUCGUCUUACGGAUUGUUUCUUCGAUUAUUAGGGAUAUUCCUACGGAAAAGCUCGGGCAAGGAAGAUUCCAAGCAUUGGAAUCAAAUCAAGGGUAGAAUUUAUUCAAAAUUCACCAAAGGUAGGGUAGCGGAAUUUUCUGAAACAGGUCUUUAUAAUUUCAUCUCCCUGUUCCUGACACUCGCCUUAACAACCAAUAUCUCAGAAGUCUGUACGAUAAUGUUUGAACUCUUACCGUCCGUACUGUCGGAAAAUCAGAAUCAAAAACAACGUAUUAUAGUUUGGAAGGGCGAGCUGGCAGUACUUUUACUAUUUGCUGAGUGUAAGAUAGAUUUUGGGAAUGUGUCGACCAAAUUUUUGAGAGAGGUGGAUGCGGUAAGUUGUAGAAAAGAUGGAACGUCACGUGUAAUGCUGACCACUUACAUCGAUGUGCUGGAUGAAAUUUCCAAAUCCAGUGAAAAAAUGGAGCUAUCGGAACAUUUACUCAUCGGUGGUUGGAUAGACAGAUACCUCUUGGAGUGUUCUCAGAAUAAAGUAAACGCUCUGAUUGUCGUAAUCCUAAAUAUAAUUAACAAAUGCAUUCAGUUAAGAAAUUCGCGUACCGAAAUUGGUUCAGCUCUGACGGGAAGCCCACGAAUGUUGGAAGCCUUGUGGUUGCACGUUGCUGGAAGAGUAAGAAUGUUAGUGUUAGACGUUCAAACAUACGGCAACCAUUAUUACAAUUUAUCAGAUCUUGCCACAAAAUUCACACUAGAGGCAAUGAAUGAACCAGUUACAGCUGCUCGCUACAAACAGAACUUUGUCUCGUUGUUUAAACAUUUUAGCUCUUCUCCAAUGAUUAAGGAUGUCAGAAUUAUUCAGUCUUACUUGACUCUGAUUCUACAAUAUGAAGAGGCGGUAACUGAGCUUAAGAAGAAAUUACAAAACUUUGACGUCCUUAUAAUACAGGCUUGGAUAAAAUGUAGUGUGCUACAAUGCGAGACAGGAAAUAAUGAAACUGGUUCCUUGACUCAUUACGUUCUCAACUGUGAUGAAAUUAGCCAAAUUUUCCAAUCAAAAUCUGAUUUGCAAUCCGCAGAGAAUAAUACAGAGCCAAUUUUUCUACUAAUGCAAGCUUUUAUGACGAGACGCACAAAUUCGCAGACAGUUGUGCAAAGUUCGCUGCUCGCCAAAAAGUGCAUAGAAUAUUUUGCCAACAUUGAAAAAUGGGCAAUGGCUCCUAUAACAGAGGAAACAAAGGACACUGAACUCACCCACUGGAUAUACAGAGGUGUCGGAAAAUUUAUAUCCUGUUGCAGUCUGAUGUUACACAGCAAAAGUCAGGCAAAUAGCAUGCUCAUAAAAUUGAUCAACACAUUCAUGUUGUCUGACAAAUCAUGGAUACCAUGCAUUGCCAAGAGAAUAUUUCCAACGGUCAUCUCAGGGCUGUGCAAUUUAGAUGUAAGAGGUGACAUGAGUCUUCAAAUAACAAUGAAUAGUCUGUUUGAGAAAUAUUUACCGCAUUUGAUUGCCAACCAUAAAAUUUCUGAGGAACUCUUGAAAUGCUUCUGUGGCCCCAAAACUGGAAUGAUUCUUGAAAAAAUCACACACAAUUUCAUUGUUUGUCAAGAUGGCACAACGCACAAACAUUGUUCUUUGGUCAUGUUCCUACUGAAGCAUUUAGUCAAGAAUGGUAAUGCGUAUGGAUCGAACAUCAUUGGUAUGAUAAUAACUAUUUGCCUUCCUCGCAUAAUUGGUUGCUACAUGAAGGUUCAGGAUCUCCACAAUCACAGGCAACAAACAAUAGACCUAAUACAGAAGCUCACUAGGUGUAUGCACUACCGAGAAGAUCCUAUCAGAAGAGAAGAAAUGAAACUCGUGUUAGCGAACACUAUGCCGACACACCUGUUAGCUACGUCGAGGGUUUUUUUCCAAUUUAUGAGCUCAAUUUGUAAAAUAAUUCCCGAAAUCACACCGUACCUCAUAUCUAGAAUUGAAAAUACUAUACACAAUUUGGAGAAGAAUAAACACCCGCACGUUGCGAGCCUCAGGUUUUCACUGAAUCAGCUGCAAACAGGUAUUCAAGUACCAGGUUUAAAAAGGUAACGUCACACAACGAUCGAAGACAGCUAAUCGCUUUGUCAUAAUUAUUCUUCAAAUGUAUAAUAAUUGUAUUGUUUUAUUAUAGUUUUAUCAUAAUAUUUAACCCUAACAAUAUCCAUGAUUUACACGUGCUUAAUAAUUACGUACGAGCGAUUUCAAAGUAUCAUUACCUCGUCCUCCGACUUUAGAUAAUUUAAAUCUCUCACUGUUAGUGCAGUCGGAUUAGACAUAAGUCCUAAAGUGGACGCAUAAAGGGAAGGGAAUUUUUUGUAGGUAGAUGAGACCUCCUCUUUAAUAUCAUCUGGAUGCGAUUGUAUUUGAUUGAUUGAUUGUAUCGUAAAAAUUUGAAGAUACUGUAUUUUGAGAUAAACUUUUUCCUAUGGAUUUUUUCAUCAGUGCAGAAUCGACUGCUAAUAAGAAAUAAUGAAGGUAUGUAGGUUGAAUCGCAUCUACAUCACUCGCUCAUUAGUUCAUUACUUGUCUCAGCGGCCUUUUCCACCGAGACGCAAAAUGAAGGUCUAUAUCUACAAAAAUAUUUCCUACCCUCUACGAGCCCACUGCAGGACUCUGUCGAUUUUAUGCUCAAUUCAACCGGACUAUAAUUCUCAAAGACGGUCACCGAGAAGACGGUAUAUCUCGGAAAAAAAUCGGUUUUCCUUCCAUGAUAGCGAAAUUAUAAUUUUCAUAUACUUUUAAGGUGAAUUUGCUCAAAUUAUCGACUCCAUAUAAUUGUGAACUCUUUAGCGACGUUUAAUACAACACAAAACGUUUACUUUUACCUUUGACGGUAGACAACUCCUACCCUUCAUUCCCCCACAGGUGACUGAAUUAUACUUUUUUUUUUUUGGAUUUAUUUUUUUUCCAAUCAAGCAU